AUGUCUCUCAAAUUUGAUUGGAAUGCCCUCACACCAGAAUUAACAAAAUCACUCCGAGAACAGUUGAAUAGUAAAAUUGAGCAAGCAAUAUUUAAAUCACAUCCAAAUGGCGCGGAACAAGAUGAUGGAUCAGCUACUGUAUAUUCUUCUGUAACAAGAUCAAAUAUUAAUGGAUUGGAAAUUUCUCCUAAUCAAGCUUUGAGUUAUUUAAUUGUUGAAAGCUUGGAUUUGGGAGCAUCGGGUCCGAAUAUUCAGAUUAAAGAUAUUCAACAGGCUCCUGAUGAAAAAUUGUUUUUACAAAGAGCAAAAUAUUACGAGAAUAAGAUUUAUUCAAAACUUUAUCCAGCUAAUAACAAUCAAAAGAAGCCGGAAAAGGUUUCUAAUGUGGAUGUAUCAAAAACAAUGAGAGGAAAUAAUGAUGAUAAUGUUAGUGUGGCAUCUAUACAACAAUCCACUAUAAGUUCAUUGCUUGUACCAUCUCCGAUGUUUAUGGCUAGUAUGCAACACAGAAAGAGAUUAGGAUUAAGUUCUACGACAACAUCCUUCUCACCUUUGGCUCAAAAUAGUUUAUUGAUGGCCUCAGGUAAUCCAUAUUAUCCAAUGUCUGUGGGUGGAGCUAUGAGUGAUGUUUAUUCAGUAACAACUGGAAUUGAACAUGUUGGAGGAAAACCAAUCACUUCAAGUAACUUGAAUAGUUUAAGAAAGGCUCCUCUUAAAACUCAUCUCUGCUCUAUCGGAACUAUUUACAAAGUUGCUCCAAAAUCUGAUCUAAGACAAAAGAAGGAACAAUUAGUGCAAACCAAACGUAGAUCAGCAUGGUGGAAGGACAGAGUUACAAAUAUGGAAAAUAGAAGAGAGGUCAAUAACUUUAUUCCUCCUGUACAAAUAUUGAAUAAUGGAUCGGAUAAACUUGCAUUAAAUCCUGUAGAUCUAAAGGAUGCAAAUUUGAUGAAGGAAAAAUUAUUUGAUCUUGGAUUUUUAUUAAGUGGUAAGAGAAAUGGUAAGGGUGGUGUUAAAGUGUCGUGUCACCUUUCAUACAGUGGAAAUGCAUCGAUAAAGAUUGCCUCUGAGAUAAGAAUUAACCUACCAAUACCUGGUUUCAUUACCAUUCCUAUUGAAAUUGAGCUUACUAGAUUUAUUUUUGAUGGCGAUCUUACAGUCAUCUUUUAUCACAAUGGUUCAUCAAAGGAAAAUAAGGUGUUAGUAUACUUUGAAAAUCCUGUUCUUCCAUCAUUUGAUGUGGAUGAAGCUAAAGUUCCUACCCAAUUCAAUGAUCAAAAGUUGAUGGCCAAUUAUAUUAUCAAAUCCACAGGUGAAUAUUCACCAUUGAAAGAAUUCAAUAUUACAGUGAAAGUGGGUGCGUCUCUAUCUAGGGAAUCACUUCCAAGUGAAGGUGAAGACAAAAUUCUUGAAGAUAAGACAGAAAUUAGUAAUUUUGUUAAGGAACUAGUUCAUAAGGUUGUCAAGGAUUUAUUGAUUUAUCCAAAUGUUUUUACUCAAGAAAUUGAAAUUCCUGAAGAGUAA